CCCCCCUCUCUCUUUUAUCGGGUGUCGCGGUUAAAUCGUUCGCACUGCAUUCCUUCGUGGCGUCUCGAAGCCGCUUUUUAUUGUUUUCUUUGAUUUAUUUCUCUCUCGCUGGCUCGCUCGAUCGUCUCCGUUUCAAGAGACGGAGAGACUUCUUCGGCUUAUAGAUUGGGAAUGAAAAGUCUGAUUUUCGUACUUCUUUUGGAGGCAAAAAAAGGGAAUUAAUGCCUUAGGGGUGUCUAACAAGUGCGUUUCACGAGCAGCUGGUGUUUGGCAAAUUUGGGAAUGAAUGCCAGGGAUGAUCUUAUGCCACCUGUAAAAUAUCCUCUUAAGCUACAGUAAGAUAAUCAUGUCAGUGUCAAUAUACAGGAUUCUUGUUGUUGGCACAUUAUUCUGCUAGGAAAACAUUUGUUGCUGAUGAUUAUGUACGAGCAAGAUUCUGAAGUUCUCCGCUGGGGUCUUGAUAUCCUUCAUGAUGAUCCAUUUUCAAACUGUGGGUAUUGUGGAGGAACUACUCAACAUGAUGCCAGCUUUUAUGAUAGUAGUUAUGCCAGAGAAGGUAAUAUUGGCACAACAGGCUACACUACUAUAGAGAAUGAUGAGAUUAUUGCUCAUGCUCUUCAAGAAGAAUUUUCGCGCCUUGCUGUUGCAGAAGCAACUGGACCUUCACUUUCAGAUGAAGAACACUUGCAAGCAUCUGUUCUGGCACAAGAUUGGUUUGGUCCAUCCAUGAGGAACUAUAGUUCAGGGAAUGAAGGUGGUCAGGAAGAGGCAGAUGAGAUGGAAUCUCCCAGUUCAUGUUCAAGUCCUGGGGAAUACACAUAUGAAGGGCAGGAGUGGUCAUUAGAGCUCACAGAUGACUUUUCUGACAUAGAUGGUGAAGUAGGCAAGAGAUUGAAUCAGAUGGUUCCCAUUCCUCAUGUUCCUAGAAUUAAUGGAGAAAUUCCUUCCGUUGAUGAAGCUACUUCAGAUCAUCAAAGGCUUAUAGACAGAUUGCGACUCUAUGAUUUGAUUGAGCUCAAGGUUCAAGGAGAUGGUAACUGUCAGUUUCGAGCUCUGUCUGAUCAAUUUUACCGUACCCCUGAGCACCACAAGUUUGUGAGGCAGCAAGUUGUUAAUCAGCUUGAGUCUCACCCUGAGAACUAUGAGGGAUAUGUUCCCAUGGCGUACGGUGACUAUUUGAAAAAGAUUUCAACGGGUGGGGAAUGGGGUGAUCAUGUUACCUUACAGGCUGCUGCGGAUUCAUAUGGCGUUAAAAUUUUUGUCAUAACAUCAUUCAAGGAUACUUGCUAUAUUGAGAUUCUGCCAAAUGUUCAGAAAUCUAAACGAGUUAUUUUUUUGAGCUUCUGGGCUGAGGUGCAUUACAAUUCGAUUUAUCCUGAAAGGGAUCUACCAACACUGGAAUCCAAGAAGAAGAAAAGGUGGUGGCACUUUGGAAACAAGCACUAGGAGUGCAGGUUUUUACAGCGGCCUUCAUUCGCAUCUCUCGUUUCCCAGGAAGAAUUUCUCAGAGCAAGCUAUUUCUAUUUUUGGUGACGCAGCGGGUGAGCACAUUGCAAGAGAGGGCACGAUCCCUGUGCUAUCCACCCUCCUUCGAUUCGCAUUUGCUUGUACAUUCCCAUGGGCUGUGGCCUUGACAUUCAUUUUCUUACCUGACGUUGCUUUGCUAUAUUUAUCUAUAUAAUUCCCGAUAAAUGGCUGUUAAUUUGUCUCA